AUUGGGAGACAUCUUCAAAAAACGGUUACCUUCUAGAAGUUUCUUAGAAUUAAGAAGAAAAACGGGACUACAAGAAAACUAAAUUCAAAAAACAACGGAGAAAUAAUGAAAAUUAUUAUUGGUGCAGACAGGCGUAAAAAACAAGUCCUCAGAAAUGACUUCUAGCGAUGACGAGAGUUCGGGAGGUGAAUUAUUUUCAUUGCCGGAGCUCAGGUUGCAGCUCAAUUUGCAGGGGAUUCGUGAAGCGCUUCCCAACAUUAAUAAAAUAAUUAUCAGGGCCAAACGCAAAUGGAAUGGCUUGAGGCGAUCGGACGGAGGCUCAUCAACGUCCAGAGUUGUCAACCGGGUAGCAAUUUCCUACGAUCCUUCGGAUUCGUCGUUGGUGCGUGUCAAGCGACGUCGCCUAGUUGUUCAAGGUGAAGAAGAUGCAGAGCUCAUUGACUUGACACGAUCGUCACCGAAACGUUCACGUAGCACGGUAAUACACAAUGCAAACACAUCCGCUGUGAAUUCAUACGAAUGUCCGCUUUGCUUGAACUCGGUGCAUCAGCCGUGCGCAACACGCUGUGGACACAUAUUCUGUAAGAAAUGCAUCAAAACUGCUGCGCGUUUGGAACAAAAAUGUCCAUUAUGUAAAAAAGAAAUAUAUAUCCCUGAGUUACUACGCAUUUAUUUGUAAAUGUACCAUGUGAAGUUUCAUUGAUCGUUUACAUAAGACUUGAGCGAUGUAGCAUGAAACAAAAUAAUUG